AUGAAUCCUAGUAAAUUCUACACAGCACUUGGCUUAGUUCCAUCACUUCUUCUAAUGUUUUACACUUCAUAUGUGGUUGGCGAAGCAGAACUUUAUGACUAUGACAUGGAUCAAUACGAACCAGCGUUCUAUGAAUUUUUCGCACAUCCAAUAACCAGGUUCCUAGCAAGAUACUGCAUGGAAGAUCCAAAAUUGUCUUACUACAAGGAUAUUUAUGCUAUCGAAUUGGAAACAUCAUGGACACGUCUGGGUAAAUUAUGUGACGCUGUAGAAGAAAUGGAGAGAAAUGCCCAAUUUCGUCGCUGGCAAAUUAGCACUGGUAUAAUUGACAAUGCUAAGACAAGAGAAAAAUUAGAGGAAUACAUUGAAGAACAUGGCAUAGAAACUGUUGGAAGAAGAGACUGA